AUGAGGUCCAGCACCUUCUUGGUCCUUGCAGUGUUCCUGGUUUUUGCGACCCUGGCGCCCGGGGAAGCAGUCAAAGGGGGUAAAGAGAAGUGGGGAAGUUGCCCAACCGAGAAAGGAAGCUGCAUCAAGUCUGGUCCGUCCCAGUGUCAUGCCGAUAACGACUGUCCUGGGGAAAAGAAGUGCUGCUUCCUGCACUGUAGCUUCAAAUGUGUGAGUCCUGAGAGGAUCAGAAAGGAAGGAGGAAAUGAGCAUGAAGAUGUGUCAAGGUCAUCCACAGAGCCUGGAUGGGAGCCCAGGCCUCCAGGCUCGUCCCCCUCCACAAGUAUCCCCAGUUAUUAA